CGAAAUAACUUUAUUUCUCUUGGGCCGGAGUAACUUCUCGGCCCAUUUUACCCAGUCCGUCGUACUUUGGGCCAUGAAGUCCAUCUCAUAGCUCGGCCCAAUUUUCACCAAAAAUUACCCUCUCACAAGCCAUGUUGGAAGUAAAAUCUUUCACCUAUUCUGCAUAUGGGAAAUUCUCCAACAAUUCUCACCGUCUAGCCACUGUUCAACUUGAAUCAGAACUUCAAAAUUGGCGCUCAUGCUUUGCUCAAUACAUUUCUGCUCAAAAGGCAUAUGUUAAAGCUCUUGAUGGAUGGCUAUCCAAAUUCAAUGCUCGGGAAUUUGAUUUUUACUCUAGGAGUAGUAAGUCUUCUUCGGUUUUGCCAUCUCAAAACAACGGUCCACCAUUAUUUGUGAUUUGUCAUGGUUGGUUAACUUCGUUAGAAAAGUUACCCGACAUGUCAGUAAUGCAUGCGAUGACAAACUUUGGGAAGUGUAUCCAGGAAUUGUGUACCCAACAAGGAGAGGAGCAGCACCAGAAGAGGAAGGUUGCUGGACUCAGAAAAGAACUCGACAAGAAGGUUCUAGCAUUCCAUAGGGCGGAGGGAAAAAUUCUUGAGUCUAAGGUCUCUGGAAAAAAUACAGAGGUGGAUGUGAAACAUCGGGAUGAGUGCUUGGUGGUGAGGAAAGAUCAGUUGGAUGUGUUGAGGAAGAAGCUCGAUGCAGAGAAGGCGAAGCAUUGUGAGAGCAUGCAAGAGACACAACAGUUGACUUUACGCAGAUUUCAGGAAGGAUUUUCUUCAGUUUUCAAGUCGUUGAUGGAGUUUUCCAAGGCUUCUUUGAAGAUGUAUGCUGAACUUGUGGUGAAAAGUAAAGAUAGUAAGGUAGGGGAUGAGAACGGUGAACUUUCAAGUCAAUAAUAAGAGAUAGAAGUAGAAGUUUGGAAGGGGUUUAGGCAUCCAGGUUUCAGAAACUUGGACAUGUAGGCUAUGUUUGUUUGGGCGGACUGGAUUAGCAUUCCCAUGACUAAUAGUUUUAGGAUUACGAAUUCGUUGGAUUAUGUAUCCUAUCUUAACUAAUAGUCAAGUUUAAAAUAAUUAGUCCGUACUUCAAUUGUUUAACCAAACAUCGGAUUAAUAAUUUUAUUGGACUAUUAGUCCAAUCCCAAGCUCAUGUCCACCUAAACAAACAUGGCCGUAUAGAUUUUAAAGGAGCUCACUUGGACAUGUAUUUAUAUAUGGCUCUCUCUUGUUCAAUUGUAGCAAAUUUAAAAAAAAUCCAUAUGUAGGCUAGGGCAACUGGACGGGCUUAAGAAAAAGUACACAAAAAUUAGCCUGAAAAUAAAGUGUGUGAAUCAGAUUUAUUCUAAAAUCGUUCAAACCAAACUAAGUUUAAAUUUACAGGAUACAUUUCAGUUUCGGGAUACGUAAAUUUCAAUUUUUGUAUUUUUUGUUGCAAAGUCUACAAGAAUUGAUGCAUAUUUAGUAUAUCAAAUGUGUUUUUGAAGGUUCAGUGUACAAAUUUGGAUGUCAGUGCUUCACUUGUGGCUGCUAAUGAUUUUUCUUAUUAACCAAACAAACCAGAGGAAAAAAACAAAAAAAGAGUAGACAAUCAAAAGCUCCUCAAUUGAAGCACAAGUUGUCCAAGUUCUAUAGGUCCAACCCUCUCACUCAGAAA